AUGUUUAUUCCCCGCACAGCCGCUCUGUUGUAUCUUGUGGGGCUCUCGGCCGCCGCUGUAGACUGGAGAAACGCGACAUGCAGCGGCGUCGUCACUGACGCCAAGGCCUUGCCCAACUUACGAUGGGAGGCGGCCGGUGCCUCUGCGGCACUCAGUGACAUGAUGGCCUCGUGGAUGAACUACAGCUCGGGGCCGUACGAGGUCAAGUUCGAGUUCAGCCAGUAUGCCUCUUGGUAUUUUGGCGGCCCCGAGAUGUGGCGAUGCUCCCAGCUUCUCGACGGGCCCUGCUCGACGUCCGUGGCUUGCGAAGACACAAAAUAUCCGGCCGGACAUCUCAUUUUGAAUUCAUUCUCAAAGCUUCACCAGUUUCACCGUCGGUACUGGGAGGCUCUCGAUCAGGCGCAAAUGGAUGUGCAGGCGGACAUGCCCCUUUUUGCUGAAAAGUUCUCUAUUCCGUUGCCCGACAGCCAAACUCAGGUACAGCUCCAGCGAAUCAUGCUCAACGUAUUAUACGGAGUCGUUGGUAUUGCGCAAGCUUACGCCAACAACUUUUUUAUCUAUUCUGCGGUCAUGAACGGAUUCUUGGGACUCUCCCAGACGAUCCGGUCUCAAUUGACUACAACCAGCAGUUACACCAUCUUCACGAGCUGGGCUAUCGGGAAGGACUACAUGCUGCCGGGUCAACGCCCAACACCCGCCUACGGUAGACUGUCGGCCAUCAUGGGCACAGUGUUCGAGCAGUGGAAAGACACCGAAGUGGCCUAUGUCGAACACGUAUUUAGCGUCAAAGACAACGACACAGUGGCGUACUUGACGGCGACGCUGGACAACGGCCUGAUGCAGAGUACGCCGGACGACAUCAAUUUCAGGGACAUGGCAAAGGUGCUGAAGAAGGUUUUCUACGCCCAACUCAUGGUGACCGCUUGGCAAUCAGUCGCGGCGGCCCGGCAGCCGUUCAUUCUGAAAACGAACCUUCCCUGUGAUAUGAAGAAGGGCCAGAGAAGCAGUGCGCUGUGGCCCUUCAUUCCAGACGAUGACCACGAGAGAGCAGCGGCUUGCUACAACGGCGCUCUUUUCUACCUCUUGGACGUCAGGAGCCAAGGGGUUGAGCUGAAUGUGGGGAGUCCCUCCAUCAGGCCCAGUGAGAAUCCCCCCUUUUCCGCACUCUACGGAACGGAGACCAUAGACGGCACAAUGUGGGGCGGAGUGACCAAGGAGGACAUUGUCGCGGCUGUCUACGGCGGCUGGGUGGAAGGCGGCCGGAUGAACGACAACUUCAACCUCAACUACACCAACGUCAGCCCGUCGGAGGACUCUCCGCUGUGGUAUGGACAAGGGAUCAGGGUGCCGGGAUUCGUCAAGAUGCCUCUGUGCCAGAACAUCUACACGAUCGUGGGAAACAUUGCCUAUGGCAAAGCUGGUUCGCACCCAUCAUGGCCCUGUGCAGCCCUGCCUGUGCUCAAGCCCAACAAGGAUUCAUAG